UCACGGACCGCCAGACACCCCAGGCAGUCCUCACCGAGCCCGAGCGGCCAAGCAAACCUUGCGCUUCGUCCGACUCACUUGUUUCCUUGUUUACAUCGGAGGAAAGACACGACUGAAGCAAGAAAUAUUGUUUUUUCUGUAAUCAGUACCGAAAAGCGGAUGAGAUAGGUGCCUGCUACAGGAGGCAAGAUGCCGCAAGGUGGGGAAGAAGUGUUUUCAAAUCCCCUGGCACCCCCAGGGGAAACCUUAGUUGAAGAAAGGCCACAGCGUCUCACAAAUGCUGACUUCCGAAAGCUGCUGAUGACUCCCCGUGCUCCAGCGGGGAGUCAGAAAGAACCUGUGUCUUCAGUAGGUGCAAAGACCUCAAGUGCAGAACCACCAACACAGAGAAGAGAAAAUAAAGAUGAUGUACGUGCAGCAGAAAGAAAAAAGAAGAAAAGCUAUUAUGCUAAGAUCAAGAAGGAAGAAGAGGAGAAAAUGGCAGAGCUUGCUGAGAAAUAUCGUGACAGAGCAAAGGAAAGGAGAGAUGGAAAGAAUCCAGAUUACCAAGCAGAGGAUCCGUCUCAGGCUGGCAUGGGAGGUUACCGUGCUGUGGCCCCUGACCUCAAAUCUGGCCUGGAUGCAGCUGAACGAAGGAAACAGAUGAUUCAAGAGUCCAAGUUCUUGGGUGGUGAUAUGGAACAUACCCAUUUGGUGAAAGGCCUGGAUUAUGCUUUACUACAGAAGGUCCGCUCUGAGAUCCAGCUGAAGGAAUCGGAGGUGAUGGUUGAAGUAGAAAAGCCUGCUGAAGGGUCAAAGGAGAAGAAACCACCACCUGUUCAGCCUCCGAUGCCUCCACCUCAGGAAGAAGAUGAACUAACUUUCAAGACAAAUGUUGGCAGACGAAUCUUCAAUUCAGUCUUCAACUCUAAGCAGUCCGAUUUUGUAGAUUUAUUUCUGCCAGGUCGCAUGGCUUAUGCUAUUGACCUUGAUGAUGAAGUUGCAGAAAGUGAUAUUCCAACAACCAUUAUUCGCUCAAAGGCAGAUCUUCAGGGUAUUGAGAACAUGCAAGCAACGUUUACAACUAACGACAUUGUGAUUCAAAAGCUGACACAGAUUCUGUCAUAUCUCCGUACUGGAAGAGCAAAUAAGAAGCAAAAGAAAAAGGAUAAAGGCAAAAAUGAGGCUGCUGGAAGACCUGGUGCAGAUGACAGUAUUUAUGGUGACAUUGGAGAUUAUGUCCCCUCUGUUGGGCACGAUCGUGAUCGAGAUCAUGAGAGGGACCACAAGCCUCGUUCAUACUUCAGUCGGUCUGCACAUGAAGAAGUAAAGAAUGAGAUGCGAGCAGCAGAGGAAAGGUUGCAGGGUCAGUGGCCUACUUCAGCUGAUGCGAAGAAUGAAAAGAUACCAUCUCAGGCCCCACAGGGAGCACCACAACAGCAAAGUUCCCAACAAGUACCAGCACAUCCAAUGCUUCCACAGCAACAACAGCCUCCACAGUCGAAGGUGAGCAGCUUGCUUCAGAGUGACGACUACUACACAGAAUGUUAUCCAGGCAUGGCAGAGAUGCAGGAUGCCAUUGAUGAUUCUGAUGAUGAGGCUGACUACACAAAGAUGGAUAUGGGUAACAAGAAAGGUCCUGUUGGGCGUUGGGAUUUCGACACACAAGAGGAGUACAGUGACUACAUGAACCAGCGAGAAGCCAUGCCUAAAGCUGCCUUCCAGUACGGAGUGAAGAUGGCCGACGGACGGAAGACAAGACGCAUAGGAGGAAACAAAGAGAAGGAUCGGAAUGCUGAGCUGAACAGGGAGUGGCAGCAGAUUCAGCAGAUUCUCAAGAGACGCAAAGACACUGAUGCCAGUGGUGGCGGCCCGGAGAAGGCCCCUAGGUAUGACUACUGAAAAUCAACCAGCCCUGUAUAUUUUCAUGAAGAUAGCUAUAUAUCUUUAUAAAAAAAAAACAAUUGUUACAAGAAAGGUUUUAAGUAGUGCUUAGCAUUGCACUUUUGAAUUUGCAUACAUGAAUACAGUGUAAUACUGACUUAAAUUUUCACUUAUUAUCUUGGGUUAUGUGGUGGUUACCAGGAGGGAGAAUUUUAAGGGCCUACAGAUUGGAUAUAUGAGUAAUUAAACUAUUAAGAUGAUAGAAAGUACUAUUUUAAAACAAGAAAUUUAAAUGCUUAAGGAAGUACAAAUACAAAAGUAGAUUUUCCCAUUGAAUGAUACUGUAUAGAUUGCAUCUUCCUAAUUUAUUAUUAUUAUAGAAAAUCACUAUAUUUACUGUUAUAAAAAUAGACAUGAUUAUAGUAUGCAUAUAUGUGAAUGCUAAAUUACUUUUCUGAAAUUAGCUUGAAUAGUAAUUUCAGGCAUUUGCUAUUCAUUAGGUUUCUAAUAAUCUGCAUCUUGAAGUGGUCAGUAAAAAUAUUGUGUUGCUGCACUGAUUUUUCUUCAUUGUGUUAAUAAAGUUCAGUCAUCUUGA